AUGGCUUCUCCACUGUCCGCUCAACCGACCGUCGUUGUCGUUGGUGGAGGAUUGGCUGGACUUUCCGCUUCGAUUGAGAUAAUUUCGAACGGAGGAAAAGUGCUUCUUGUGGAAGGAGAGAACAAUACGGGCGGAAACUCGGCGAAGGCGUCCAGUGGAAUUAAUGGAGCCGGCACAGAGACUCAGGAGAAACUGGGAUUCGUCGAUUCGCCUGAAGUUCUGGUAAAGGACACUCUGAGCGCCGGAGACGGUGAGAACGACAAAAAACUCGUGGGUAUCCUUGCUGAGAAAUCGGCAGCUGCUGUCGAGUUUCUUAGAAACGUAAGGGUUAAAGUUCCGAUGAAUAAAAUAACUAUGAAUUGCAUGUUCAGGUGGGCGUCGAUUUGACCGAUGUGAAUCUGUGCGGAGGGCACACGGUAGCCAGAACCCAUUGGAUUCCAUCGCCGAAGGAAGGAAGACCGAUUCCCGCUGGAUUCGAAAUCAUGAAAAGACUGAGAACGCGUUUGAAUGAGAUCCAAGAAAAGGAUCCGGAAUCCUUCCGUCUUCUCACCCAAACCAAAAUGGUUGGAAUCCUGCGGAAGGACGGAGCUGUCGUUGGAAUCGAAGUGGAAAACGUAGACGGAACAAAGUCGAAUGUGAAUGGAAAUGCUCUCGUUCUUGCCACGGGAGGAUUCUCCGCAGAUCGUGCUCCGGACGGACUUCUCGUUGAAUUCGGCGGAGACAAAUUGGAAUUCCCAUCAACAAACGGAGCAUUUGCCAGAGGAGACGGCGUCAAAUUGGCCAGAAGUAUCGGAGCUAAACUUAUCGGAAUGAGUCGCAUUCAAAUUCAUCCGACUGCUUUUGUUGAUCCAAAGGAGCCCGCCGCUGGCACAAAGUUCUUGGCCGCUGAGGCUCUCCGCGGAAAGGGAGCUCUUCUGAUCAAUUCGGAAGGAAAGAGGUUUGGAAACGAGUUGGGACGACGUGACUAUUUGACUGGACGUAUUCUGGAGCAGGCACCACCGAUCGGAGAGCACUUCCAAGGAGGAUCCGCCAAAAAGAACUCGGCUAUUAUGCUGAUGAACGAAGCAAAUGUUGAAUCAUUCGGUAGACCAGCAUUCAACUUCUACGCCAUUGUGAAGAAGUUCUUUGGUUAGAAAUCUUUCAAAACGGUCAUCCAAUACUAGAUACUUCCAGCUAAAUACGAAAACGCAGGAGAACUGGCAAAAGCUCUCAAUGUGGACGAAUCGGUUGUGAAGGCGACUCUUGAAGAGUACCAAAAGGUAUUCAAAGGAGAGAUCGAGGACCCGUUCGGAAAGAAGGUCAAUCGGAAUCAGUUUUGUGCCUUCGUUAACACUUUCAUAUACAGGUCUUCCCAGUCGCCGCCAUUUCUCCAUCCGAACCGAUCUACGCAGCCAUCGUCACUCCGGCCAUUCACUACACCAUGGGCGGUCUGAAAAUUGACGAGCGCGCCCGUGUUCUCGACGAGCAAGACCGUCCGAUUGAGAAACUGUUCGCGGCCGGAGAAGUGACCGGAGGAGUUCACGGAUCGAACAGACUCGCCGGAAACUCCCUCCUCGAAUGCGUCGUUUUCGGACGCAUCGCUGGAGAUUACGCACUCGCCGCCGCCCGCGACGCCCUCAGAACUGAACUCUGA